AUGAUAAUCAGCAGCAGCAGAAGAAGCAGAACAGAUAAUAAAUCGCAUUAUGUUGUGAGGAAUUUUUCUUCUGAUGAUAAUAAUAGGGCGACAGAUAAUAAUUCGCACUAUGUGGCUAGGAAUUCUUCUUCUGAUGAUAAUAAUAGGGCGACAGAUAAUAAAUCGCAUUAUGUGGCGAGGAAUCGGAAUUCUUCUUCUGAUGAUUGCGUUAAGUCGCCUUGGCUUAUGCUCCCCCCCUUUGUGGAAUGCGGAGGCAACAUGUUAUACAAUUUGGCAGAAUCCAAAAUAGAGAGAUUAAGAUCAACAUUGGAUGGAGAUGAUAUUGAUGCCAAAUUUGUGGGUUCGUCUCACGGCUGGAUAGUUGUGCUGAACCGGUCCAACCAUGGGCUACUCCUCUGGAACCCCAUCACUCAGGUACGCAUAAACCUUCCAUCCCUCCUCACCUUGCCCGAUCCCCAAAUUAACUGUUGUGGGAUCGUAUCCAAGCUCAUACUCUCCUGCUCCCCCGACCAAGAUGUAGAUCAAUGUCGUGCCAUGAUGAUUUUUGGGCCCCUUGACAGGCUGGCUUUCUGCCAGCCCGGCCGCAGCACUCACUGGACCCCCAUUGGACAUUUGUAUUGGUAUAAGAACUUGUAUUGGGAGGCAGACGACGACGACGACGAAGACCAUGCCAGGCGGUACGCCGAUUGCGUCUAUUCCACCACACAAAAACUAUUCUUCUGUUAUGUCAUGUGGAGAUUGGAGUGUUGGGAUCUUGGGGACCUCGAGUGCCCCAGAAUUUGUUGGUCGGAGAUUGUAUGUUAUACGCCUGGGCUUGCUAGUGAACAAGAGACGAUGGCUCUCUCUUUUACCACUGCGAGUUAUCCGAAUGUGAUGAUACAGAAAUUCCUUGUGGUGGCAGAGGAGAUGAAUCAGCUUUUCCUCUUGGAUCGGCACGUAUGCUUACGGAUGGGCCCUGACGGUACCUAUCAUCCGCUUAUCUACUUUGGCAAGUAUAGGGGAUGGGAUGACCACUUCCCUCACCAAACCUUUGCUUUCGAUGCUUUCAAAAUAGACUAUAUUUCGGCACAGCUUAUUAAGACUAGCAUGGAGGGUUCUUUGGAUGGGCUAGCAAUGUUUAUUGGCAAGAACCACUCAUUUGCCAUCUCCACACCAACCACCCAUGGCCUAGAAAAAGAUUGUAUUUACUUUACUGACACAAAUAGACACCAGCCUCCAGUGGGCUCCACCUAUGGGGGCCACGAUAUCGGUAUUUAUCACUAUGCGACCAGAACAUUUUCUGAUUGCUUUUAUCCACGCAACACCAACAAAAUAAAGAAGAUUGUGCCUGCACCCAUGUGGUUUACUCCCAACGAGAGCACACACUAA